UCUGUCUGUCACUUUUAUAUCAUCUUUCGUUCCACAGCCUUCACUCAUCUCCAAGCCCCGAUCGACUCUCGCUCCCUCCUCCUCCUCCUCACCACCACCACCACCACCACCACCUUCUCCUCCUCAACACUCUCUCUUCCAAAUUCAUCUCUCUUUCGUCCAGAUCCGGAGCUCUUUCGCUAGUCGAAAAUGGCCGCCGCCGCUGCCACCCUAAGCGCCCCCGACGCCGAGAAGCUCUCCCAGCUCAAAUCGGCCGUCUCCGGCCUCGGCCAAAUCAGCGAGAGCGAGAAGAACGGAUUCAUCAACCUCGUGUCCCGCUAUCUCAGUGGCGAAGCUCAAUAUGUUGAAUGGAGCAAGAUCCAGACGCCCACUGACGAAAUUGUCGUCCCCUAUGAUAGCUUGGCGCCCACUCCCGAUCCUGCGACCACCAAGAGCCUUUUGGACAAACUUGUUGUGUUGAAGCUCAAUGGUGGUUUGGGAACUACGAUGGGUUGUACUGGUCCGAAAUCUGUCAUAGAAGUACGCGAUGGAUUGACUUUUCUUGACCUUAUAGUUAUCCAAAUCGAGAAUCUGAACACUAGAUAUGGGUCCAGUGUUCCCCUGCUUCUGAUGAACUCUUUUAACACCCAUGAUGAUACGUCGAAGAUUGUUGAAAAAUAUGCCAACUCAAAUAUCGAGAUUCAUACUUUUAAUCAGAGCCAGUAUCCCCGUUUGGUUGUUGAUGAUUUUACGCCUCUGCCUUGCAAAGGACAGACCGGAAAAGAUGGAUGGUAUCCACCUGGUCAUGGUGACGUAUUCGCAUCCUUAAUGAACAGUGGCAAACUUGAUGCUUUGCUCUCGCAGGGCAAGGAAUAUGUUUUUGUUGCCAACUCAGAUAACUUGGGUGCUAUUGUUGACCUGAAGAUCUUAAAUCAUUUGAUGACAAACAAGAACGAGUACUGUAUGGAGGUUACUCCAAAGACCUUAGCUGAUGUGAAGGGUGGUACCCUCAUUUCUUAUGAGGGAAAGGUUCAACUCUUGGAAAUUGCACAGGUCCCUGAUGAACAUGUCAAUGAGUUCAAAUCAAUUGAGAAGUUCAAGAUUUUCAAUACAAACAAUUUGUGGGUAAACUUAAAGGCAAUUAAAAGGCUUGUGGAAGCUGAAGCUCUUAAGAUGGAGAUCAUUCCUAAUCCAAAGGAAGUGGAUGGAAUUAAAGUUCUUCAAUUAGAAACUGCAGCUGGUGCAGCAAUCAAGUUCUUUGAUAAUGCUAUCGGCAUCAAUGUACCUCGGUCGAGAUUCCUCCCGGUGAAGGCGACUUCAGAUUUGCUUCUUGUUCAGUCAGAUCUAUAUACUCUGGAAGAUGGUUUUGUUAUCCGAAACAAGGCUAGAACAAAUCCCUCGAAUCCUUCAAUUGAAUUGGGCCCUGAGUUUAAGAAGGUUGGCAAUUUCUUGAGCAGAUUCAAGUCAAUUCCUAGCAUUAUCGAGCUCAUUAGCCUGAAGGUGUCUGGUGAUGUCUGGUUUGGUGCUGGCAUUACUCUCAAGGGAAAGGUGACCAUUGCCGCAAAACCCGGGGUUAAGUUGGAUAUUCCUGAUGGGGCAGUGCUGGAAAACAAGGAAAUCAGUGGCCCUGAGGACCUCUAAAGGCACUACUUGGUUUUCCAGAAUGAAAUAUAUUGCCAGUUGUAUCUGAUCUUGUCCUGGAGAUCCUGAAUUUGUUGGUGUAAUCUUUACAUAUUUGGGUAGGUAAAUAAGUGGGCAACUUGGUUUGAAGCAUGUCAACCCAAGCCUUGUGAAGGCGAGAAUUUAACAAUUUUGCUUGUUUGACAAGAGAGCGAGAUAUGCUGCUAAAUCGGUGAGUUCAUUCAAACCAACAGAGUCUUGUGCCGGUGUGCUCUGUCUUCCGUACAAGUUUUCUUGAAUGCCAAAUCCUGCGAGUCGGUCUAAUGUUA